AUGGGGCGAGCACCGGCCCCGGCACCGGCGCUGCUGGCGCUGCUCUGCGCAGCCGCAGGGUUUGGGGUGGUCUAUGGGGUGCCCCCCCCAACCCGGUGCCAGACCGGGGACACGGAGCUGAGCUGCCACGACUGGGACCCCCCCGGCACGGACAUGUGUGCCAGCUGCCAGCAGGUCAUCGCCCUCCUCAUCCGCAUGGCCAACGAGUCGGCCACCAAGGCUGCGGUGGAGGGGUUCCUGUGGCACGAGUGCGCGGCGCUGCCGGUACCCGCCAUGGUGCCGCCGUGCCAGGAGCUGGUGCACCAGUACUGGAGCCUGCUCCUCACCGACAUCGAGGGGCGCCUCAAGCCCUCGGCCGUGUGCGCCCGCCUGGAGCUGUGCCCGGGGCAGGCGGGGGGGGGCCCGGCCCUGGCCCUGCUGGAGCCGCUGCAGAACCGCCCGCAGGGGGCGCUGCCGGUGCCGCGGUGCUGGCUCUGCCGCUCGCUGGUGGCGCGCCUGGAGGCGGCGGUGCCGCGGGCGCGCGUGGCCGAGGCCGUGUCCGCGCUGUGCCGCGCGCUCCCGCUGGCGGCGGCGGGCGCGUGCCAGUGCCUCGCGCAGCGCUACGCGGCCCUCGCGCUGGAGCGCGCCCUCGCGCGCAUGGGGCCCGCGCUGCUCUGCCGCGCGCUGCUCGGCUGCCGCCAGGAGGCGCCGACCCCGCGGGAAACGCGCGCCCCCGUGGCGGGAAGAGACGCGGACCUGGUCCCGGUCCCCCCCCUCCUGGAGCUGUCCCCGAAGCCGGGUCCCUGUGUCCUGGGCCCCACUUAUUGGUGCUCCAGCCCCACGGCCGCGCAGCGCUGCCAGGCCCUGCAGCACUGCCAGGAGCACGUCUGGCUCUAGGGGACCCCCGGAGCCCCCCCGGCACCGCAAUAAAGCUUCCGCAUCGCCC